AUGACGGUUCGGAGAGGAAAGAAGCUCAGCAUCUCCAUCCAGGAACACAUGGCCAUAGACGUUUGCCCCGGCCCCAUCAGACCCAUCCGCCAGAUCUCCGCCUACUUCCCCCGCCUGUCCCCCACCUCCCCCACCCCCGUCUCCCCGAACCCCACCGUGUCCCCGCCGCCGUCCCUCAGCCCCGGCUCGGUGGCGUCUGGAAUGGGCGGGUCUCACCUCCUGUCUCCUCUGUUGGCCCAGGGCAGGCCGGGCGGGGGCGGGUCCCUAUCCCUGACCAGCAGCGUGGACACGUCGGUGGAGAUCAACAGCGACGACAGCGACGACUGCACUGCUCUGGGAACGCUGGAGUUCGAGCUGAAGUACGAGCAGAGCUCCAACAAGCUGCACUGCACCGUGAUCCGGGCCAAGGGUCUGAAGCCGAUGGACUUCAAUGGUUUAGCUGACCCGUACGUCAAACUGCACCUGCUGCCCGGAGCCUGUAAGGCCAAUAAGCUGAAAACGAGGACGAUCCGUAACUCUCUGAAUCCAGUGUGGAAUGAAACGCUCACUUAUGUCGGCAUCACAGAGGAAGACAUGCACAGGAAGACCCUCAGGUUGUCCGUGUGCGACGAGGACAAGUUGACUCAUAAUGAGUUAAUCGGGGAGUCCCGAGUCCCUCUGAAGCGCGUGAAACCCGACCAGACGAAACAUUUCCACACCUGCCUGGAGCAUCCGCCACCGCUUCCCUCUCCGACUGCCAUGGGUGAAGCCCUGAGAGGAAUUUCCUGCUACUUACGAGAGUGGGAGAACGAGCAGCUGCACAGCCUGGAGGAGCGAGGUCGUCUUCUCCUCACCCUUCAGUUCCUGCCUCCUGUCAGUCUGGAGGAUAAAGCCGUAGAAGGAGGUGGAGGUGAAGGUCGUCGCAACGGCGGUCUCUGUGUGGGCGUGAAGCGCUGCGCCCACUUGGCAGCCAUGGAUGUUAAUGGAUUCUCUGACCCCUACGUGAAAAUAUACCUGAAGCCUGACAUAGAGAAGAAAUCCAAGCACAAAACGGCCGUGAUGAAAAGGACCCUGAACCCCGAAUUUAACGAGGAGUUCUUCUAUGAGAUCUCCCUGUCAGAGCUGGCCAACAAGACUCUGGAGGUCACAGUGUGGGACUACGACCUGGGUCGCUCCAACGACUUCAUAGGUGGCGUCUGUCUGAGCUCCAAGUCCCAGGGCGACGCCCUCCGUCACUGGACUGACUGCCUGAAGAACAAGGGCCAAAGGGUGGAGCGGUGGCACAUCCUGACCAACGAGCUGCCGCGAACCCUCAGCCACGACUAAACCUGAGCAGCGGCGUCCAUGCAUGCAGACAGUCGCUGUCAAUGUUCACAGAGAUUCUCGGGGUUUUUACAGCACAGACGUGAGCGACUUCAGCACAGGAAACGGCGGUAACUUAGUGGACAAGUGUAUUAUAAUAUGAGCCGCCGUGAGAGCAGGGCGAGGCCGGAGCAGCAUGGUGGUGUGCCUUCAUUAUUGAUCUGUAAGUCAUCUGGAGCAAAGAGGCCGUUGGGUACAUCAGCAGCGUCACAUCUGCCCUCAGCAUCAGGUCACAAAAAUACGUAACUGGGUCAAACUCAUGAAGGGUGGAACUCUCCGAUUUAACAAACAGCAUUUACAGAAACUAAGGGGCUGGACCAGGCGUUAAAAUAAAAUAAAAAAAAUAAAACAAAAACCUCAAAAGUUUUGAGAAAAGUUGCAAAUUUGCCACAAAAAAUUCACAUUUUGUAAACGUUAUUUUAUUUGACAUGU